AUGGCCGACCUUCGAGUUCCCUCCUAUCGCUACUCUGAAAGCCUGCCAAAGGUCGAUCUCUUGUCUCUUCAUCGGUCUAGGGUUAGCGCGGAAAAGGAUCUAUCCAGUCCCUCGACUGCCCUCGAACCUACCAAGCCGACGUCAACCCACUCCAUCAAGACGAUCCCGAUGCGGGAACGCCCAUCACCAGCAGAUCGCUCAGUAUCGUCCAGUCCAGUGAAGUCAACAGCGCAAGGCCAGAGAGAAUCCGUCACACAGUUCUGUCUUUGCCAGCCGGACCCCAAGAUUCCUCGACCACGCAAUGCUUUCAUUCUAUACCGCCAGCAUUACCAAGGAGUAGUGGUGGCUCAGAACCCGGGCUUGGCUAAUCCCGACAUCUCUAAAAUUAUUGGCGAGCAAUGGAGGAAGCUCCCACAAGCAACGAAAGAUGAGUGGAAGGCUCUGGCAGAGGUACCAAAAUCCAAGGAAGCGGAAGAGAAAGCUCGACACCAGCAGCAAUAUCCCGAGUACCGUUAUCAACCCCGUCGAUACGGCCGCGAUGGGUCUUCAAAGAGCCUGGGCUCGGGGCUGAGCCAUAAUCCCCCAGGUUCCACCAUCUGUAACAGGUGUGGAGGCAGGAUCAUGAACCCACCAGUUUCACCAGAUACUAUUUUUCCUGGCGGCUCCGUAAGUAGUAGGAGGCAUUCACUUGCGGAGCAGGGGUCGAGUCGGAACUAUAGUGUGGACCAAGGAUCAAGAGGCGUAAAGCACAGAAGUCAUGGGCAUGGUCAUGCAGAACAUCGUCCUUCUCGUGCACGGCAAUGGGAGGAAAACGGAUCUGUUUCCCCAGACUCGAAGCGACGCCGAACAAACCCUGACUCUCAUGUGCCAUACAGGACGGACUUCCACCGCGACAAGAGUCCACCAAAUUCACCCUACUCAAUGUCCCCUCAUGCCGGUCGAACAGAUAGCUUGAACGCGCCCCGGGGACUCAGCAUCAGCCAUAGCCUUGGAAUGCAGGCGCCACGUGGUCUCCAUCCAGUGAAAGAACACCCGCAACCGGAUCCUAGCCUGACACUCCCCCCUCUGAAGGCAUCGGCCUCCAUGACAGGGGCCAUGACGCCGGCCACCCCAUUUUCGCAGGACGGUUUCCAUAAGGAUAAAGAAUCAGCAGUGAUGAGCAUCCCGUUCCUUAACAAGAUCAAACUGCUGGCCAAGAUAUCACCUCAACUCCCUAUAUCCUGCCGCGAAGGUGACCCUAGGCGACGCGGACCUGUUAUUGCCGUUGAUGGGCAAGAUGCAGGAUUGGUGAAAACCGUUACGGAAUACCUGAGCAAUGCCAUGUCCAAGGAAGGCAAGUUCCAGGUCCGCGUCUUCGACGGUCCCGAGAUCUCAGAGCCAAAGCCAAAACGCGAAGGCAGCGUCGAGUCCGGGGAAAUGGGCGACAAGCAGGUCGAGUACUUCAGCCGCAUCUCUAAAUGGCACCAGGUCUCUGAAGGGAUCAAAAAUUUUGUCAAGUCCGAACCGCUGCGCCGCUUCACGGAUUCAGGUUCAGCAAACGAGGAUGACGAAUCCCCUCAUGUCUCACCGAAGACCAUCGGCCCUAACAAAGCCACAGAAGUGAACAUAAGCUCCCCGCAUUCCUCUAGCGAGAACGGAUCAGAAGCUGCAUCAUCCCCGCCAGAGACUACAUUUACCCCCAACUCAAGCUCCACCGCUUUGCCGGUGGCAAUAGUUCCGCGAUAUCAGCUUACAACAGCUGACGCAUACGCAUGCAUGGUUCCUAUAGCCGACCAAUACAACGUGGCCGAUCACUGGCAGUGGAUGGCAGCUCUCUGGCGCGGUGCCGUGGGGCCGGAUAUCACGGUUUACAUCCGGGAGUGCGACAUACAAGAGUUGAAGCAAGUCGGAAACCCAGUUGAGAUCCGCCUGCAGGAUGCCAAGGCGGUUGUCGUGCGGAGACUCGCGAAUGCCCCUGGCCCAAAGGAGCUGGAGGAAAAAGUUCUUAAGCGAUUAGGUUUCGAAAUUGAAGAUUACAUUACACAAUAA